CUCCCUCCGCGAGCUGUGUAGCUUCAAACAUCUGAAGUGACGACGACAUGGCACGGAAACGAGAAGUUAUCAUGGACGACUCAGACCUCGACAGUAACUCAGACUCAUCGGGAAAUGAACAGGACCAGAUCGAAUUUGAUGACAGAGAUCUGCAAGACGAACAUUCCCUUUUCGAUGACCCUUACAGAAACAAAGGAAACAAGAGGAGAAGGAUGAACGAUGGAAAGGCUGAUGCUAUCUACGGUGUAUUUGCUGCUGAAGAUGACCAACCAACCAAGAAGACCAACAAGCCAGACAAACGUUUACAUCGGACCCAAGCCUUCGUACAAGCUUCAUCUAGCUCUUCAAAUCUGCCGAACCAAACCGAAAAUCGCUCCGAUGGCGAACAGGAACCCAGUCAAGACUCUUCCACUGACCACGAUUCAGGGUCCGAUUCAUCCGAUUCAAAAUCCGAUUCAAUCGGGGAAACCGAAAAUCCCAACCCACCUGCUCUCAGUGAAACUGCUACCUCUGGCUUAGGCUCUCGUCAUGGCCUCGGUUCUUCAGCCUCGAAUAGUGACUUUAGAGCCAUGCUGGGGGCAACAGGAGGCUUGGGAUCCCGUGGAUUAGGCUCCCAAGCAGCCAACCGCUCUUCAUCAACGACUAGUGGUCAUAACGGCCUUGGAUCCCAACCAUCUGAUGAGACUGGGAAUGAGUCAAGAAAUUCCGACCAAAACACGCCCGAACCCACCGUCCCUCGCCGCUCGUUCCUUGGCGCCCAGCAAGCCAAUCCGUCGAUACAGCCCGUCAAGAAGAAACCACUUUCCAAAGCAGAACAGCAGCAUUUUGCAAAACUGGCUAGCAACAAAACUUCAUCGAUCGGCUUGAAGAUGCUUCAAAACAUGGGUUGGAAGAGCGGAACGGGUCUAGGUACACAGGGUGAAGGGAUCGUCACCCCGCUCGAGACCAAAGCGCGCCCCAAAGGUAUGGGGUUGAGUUAUAAAGGGUUUCAGGAGAGGACGGCUCAAGCCAAAGAGGAGGAUCGUCGGAACGGCAAGAUAAUCGAUGAGGAUGACGAUGCUAAAAAGUUUGGCAAGAAGAAAGACAAGAAGGGCAAAGAAAUCGUGCGUGAAGCUUGGAAGGCAAAACCAAAAACACCCAAGAAAGCCAAAGUCGUUCAUCGUACAUACGAGCAAAUCAUUUCCGAACUUGAUCCUGAUCAGACCUCAAUAGAUCCCGGAGUUGGAGAAAUCAUCGAUCUCACCGGUCGUAAAUUACCUAGUCUCAACACCACUCUAACUCAUCAUUCAAAGGGGCCGACCGAGGAAGAACAAGAACACCGUCUACCAGAACUGAUGCAUAACCUGAGCUUGAUCUGCGAUAUAUCAAAGGGGAGCCUCAUUCAUUUAGCCAAGGAGGGCCAAGCAAUCAAGCAGAAGUCUCAACAGCUCACCAAGGAUCAAGCCCGUUCAGAGCAGAUCCUGAAACUUCAGCAACAAAAACUGAGCAAAAUCAAACGGAUCGUCGAGCUGACUCGGUUGACCAAAGGCACUUAUACCAACAUCAUCAGUCAAAUCACCGAGAAUUCUUCCGCCCUCGAGAUCUGUCAGAUGAUCGAUCAGUUUGAUGAGUUGUUCUUUGAAUUACUCGAAUUUCUCUCCGACAAUCCAAAGUCUGAUCAAGAAUCAUUGAGGUUGGAUGAGAUUGUUGUAUCUGCCCUGGCUCCAAUUUUACGACAGGUAUGGAGUCGCUGGGAUGUACUGCGACAGCCUGGUCUUUCUGUCAAGGAAUUGAAGCGGUUUAGAAAAUGUUUUCGGACGGACCAAGAAGGCUCCCACUCAUCCAGUCCAACCGGCGAUGAAGAGAGUUUCCAGCACCCAUUAUUCCCCACACUCUCUCGGGGCUCAGCCAUGCAGUCUAACCGUAAGAUGACGGCAUAUGAGAGUCUGAUUUGGAACGAUUGGCUGCCAAAGAUCCGGUCGGCUGUCAACGUUUGGUCACCUUACCAGUCUGAGGAAAUGAUCACGAUCUACACUAGUUGGAAGUCGAUCCUCCCUCCAUUCGUACACGACAACUUUCUCGACCAGUUGAUUGUACCCAAGCUGCUCACCUGGAUUGGCAAUUGGGACUUCCGAGAACAGACCGAAGCUUUCGACAGUACUCGACCGGAUACCAAGCGAGUCUCACUUCACCUGUUUGUUUUCCCUUGGUUGGAGCUGGUCGGGGCGUACCGCAGUGAACUGAUCUUGGCAGAAGUCAAGCUGAAACUAUCGGCUUGGUUGAAGUCGUGGAAAUACACGUCGGUGGAAAGUGCUGAAGAAGGACUGAUGAUUCAGGACUUAUUAGUAUGGAAGAAGGACGUACUGAAGCGGCGUGAUUGGGAUAAGAUGAUCCUGAAAACGGUCGCCCCACAUCUAGCGAGUUACCUGCGCAGCAACCUAUCGAUCAACCCCAAGAAUCAAAACCUGCGUCCAUUUCAGGUGAUGCUCAAUUGGUGCCAACUGAUCACCAAUCAAGAAAUCCUCGACCAGCUCUUGACCAAUGAGUUUUUCUCCAAAUGGAUCGAUACCUUAUGGAUCUGGUUGACCUCGCCCUCUCCCAAUGGAGAUCAGAUCGGAGAAUGGUAUAAUUGGUGGAAAUCUUUAUUCCCUGAAUAUCUUUUGAGCGACCGAUCAAUAGUUAGCUUGGGGUUUGCUACCGGCCAGGAAUUGAUGAACCAGGCCAAAUCGUUAUCCUCGUUAGGCGGUGAUCUCAAAGCACAAUUACCUAAACCCGACUUGGCCACCAUAACUGCUGCAUUAGCAUCCUCUUCAGGAUCCAGAAGGAAAUCUAAGAAGGAGGACCAUCAACAGUCUAAACUGAAGAAAUCGGUUGGCAAUAGACUCGAGGAGAUCACCUUCAAAUCGAUUGUCGAGGAAGAAGUACAAAAGAAAAACCUGUUCUUGAUCCCUCUGGGUAAAACGCUCGACUCGAAUGGGCGAUCGUUGUUCAAAGUCUCUAAUCAAUUCGCCCCACAUUCCUCUGGCCUUAUCAUCUCAAUCUCCGAUGACGUCGUCUUUGUUAAAAACCACUCCAAGAAGUCUUCCCUUGAGCACUCUCAUCCUCCUAACGUCGAUGGUGAUGGUGAGGAUUGGGAACCUAUGUUGCUCGAAGAUAUGUUGGAAAAAGCGCUCGUCGUCAUUAAUCCUUCAACAUAAAACCCAUCCCAUCUUCUUUUCUUUCCCUCUUUGUUUAUUUGUGUAGAUUUGAUUUUUACUGCAGUUUGUCAAUCAAUUUUUUUUUCUCUCUCUCUCUCUCUCUGCCAUCUUAUGAGUCAAAUGGAAAAGGCCUAUCCCGCUUCUCAUGGCUUUGUAUCUUGUCCUUCUUGCAUAUGGCUUUGAGGUCUGACAUAGGCUCGCUGAGCGAGACUCCGGAAGAGCCCCUCGAAUGGUCUUCUCAGCCCGAUGAGAUUGGCUUGCUAAACAAGAUGUGAG